AUGCCUGCCACUACGCGCGACAAGCUGCCUCCGGCUCUUGUUCGCUACACGCGUCGUCAGUUCAACAAGGCACUCGAACGUUUGGCUUACCAAGCCGUGCUACAGGCAGCCGAAGAGGACAAGGCAGGUGCAUCGAGCUCAUCCCCUCAACAGACUAGUUCUGGCCGUUCUUACGCCGAGCCACUCCGCUUCCGACAUAAUCCGUCCCCGUCGACUCUAGCGCCGCUGGAAUCGGUCUUUCAGACAGCUGCUGCUGAGGCUCAGCCCUUGAGCCCGAAAGCUCUCAGACAGGGAUCUAUUGAGAAAUUCCUGAUCAACAUGGAGAAAGAAAUGAAGGCCCCGUCUGAGGAUGUCCCUAACGAUACCCAUUCCAUACCUGAGAUCGACGCUUCGGUUGACGAGGCCCAACGUUCGACUCUAUCUCUCAACCCAGAAGCCUCCUCGUUUGCUCCAAUGGAGGCGCAGGCGAAGUCUGUCAACGUUGCCACUGGUGAUGCAGCAAAAGUCCUUCAUGCUGCCUACUUGGAGCGUCGACUACUCCCCUUGAUAUCGGUCCAUAAUAUGGAAGCAGCUGUGGAGGACGAGGAGAACAAGGAGACCGUGAGCCAGCACGAUGUAAUCGACCAAUUUCUCCCGAACGCUUUGGACAGCGAGACAGAAAUCGAGAAGAUCCUUGACGAGAUUGUGACUACCGCAAUCAUCGAGUCAUCCAGCUCUCAUUCAGAGGUGCACGUUCAUCAACAGCAGUCCCAGUCCAAAACACCAUCUGAAAUCGAGGACGAUGAGGUUGACGCAGUCAACGAUACUCCUGACACUCUCCUCUCAGAGCCUCGCGCAUCAGAUUCCGAACGCUUCUCUUCGCCAAGCUUGGUAAUUUCAGAGGACAAUUCAAUCAACGCAAAGCAUGCACCACUACCAUCCAAAGGCACCAGUAUGUUUGACCGCCUGACAAUUGGUCCCGACGGUAAGCCCGAAAGGGAAUUCCAACCCGGAGGAAUCCAAUACCGGAUUGUCGACGAUUCUGAAGAUGAUUCUGGUGAAGAUUCUGAGGAAUGCGAAGAGUACGACGAUGAGGCUGAAGACGGUGAAGAAGAUGAGAAUGCUGAAGAAGACGAGAAUGUUCAGGAAGGUGACAGUGAAGAAUAUAAGACCGUGGACGACUACUCGAACUUUUCCGAGGAGAAGAGGAGUGCUCAAGAGCAUACCGAGGUGUCCAACUCCUCCUCGGACCUGUUCUACGAGCAGAACAUCCGCGAUACAGUUGCUUGCGAGCAUAAUGGUCGCCCAGAGCAGCAUGAGGCUGAGAUACCCACCGUUGAUAACUUCAGUACUUCCAUUGACUUCGCUUUUCCCAGUGACUCUUCCGCAACCUCUGAGCUUUCUAUCUCCACCACCUCGGAUGACGCCGCCCCAGACACGUCAGCUCUUUCUUAUCCGGUCGAGCACGAGGUUGGGAGUAUCCAGGCGGCCAACACUUUCAAGAAUGACAGCACCAGCGAAAGCGGGGCUGUUACCGACGGAAGCGCAAAGGAAAAAACCCACUACUCCACUACCAGUUCUCAGUCUUCUCCGGAUAGUCCGAAGGUCUGCCCAACCGACGUUGGACAUGGUCUCAAAACUUCAUCAGUGCCUUUCACCACUACAUGUCCACCCUCGCCAGAGGAAGACGCUUCCCGGGUGAGCAUCCCGCCUCACCUCCGCAAGAAUCUCCAAGUCCAAAAUGUACAAUCUGUCCGGUCCCCACCAGUAGAGAAGCAGACAUCGAUCCCCAUCCCGGCUCACACCUCAACUACCACCCCGGCUCCAUCGGUUAAGCCGGUUCCCGUCAAGCUUGCUACAAAGACCAAGGGCCAGCUAGGCCUUGAAUCGAGAUAUUCUACAGGGUUGGCCAAGGCACGGGGCCAGGCGCCACCCACCAAAUCUACUCCCCAACCGGCCAUGAAGGCGCAGACCACUUCUACGCAAGCCCCGAGGCUAAUAUCUGGAGGCUUCAACAACAUCCAGCAUUAUUCCAAGUCCCAGUCGAAGGGAUGGGCUUCUGCUAAGGCUGAUGAAGACAAGCCGCCUAAGAUUUUGCAUGCACUCGAGAGAUUCGCUCAAGAGAUGGGUGCUUCUGAACAAGAUUGCGACUAA